GAGCCACAGGAGCGCACAGACGGACCGGAGCGCAAAGACCUGCCGGACUGUGUGGAAGUUACUGAACACAAUUCUUUGUGUCCAGACUCACACAGAGACUCACACGGACUCACACGGACUCACACAGACUCACACAGACUCACACAGGACUAACACAGGAGUAAAGUGAUCAAACCCACGGAGAGGAUGUGGAGUCUCACACUGCGCGCUCCGAGCCAGCUGCUGCAGCGGAGCAAGAGGAGAAAGUUUCUGCGGUGUCUCCCAGAGUAAAACAACUCAUCCCAGCAGCAGCAGCAGCAGCAGCAGCAGCAGCAGCAGCAGCAGCAGGAUCAUGAGGUCUGAUGUGCCAUGUUUCCCUCACCGUGUCCUCCUGACCAGGACCCAUGGGAUGGAGUAAAUGGAGAGCUGCGUUCAUCUUUGGACCCCUGAAGGCGCAGUCCAAGCUGUCAGUCUUCUUUACCAUGCUCCUUCUCUUCACCUACCUGUUCUACUGCCUCAACGGAUAUUGUGACUCCCUGCCCACACCCGUCUACUACGUCCACAGGACCGUGUCCCACGAUGGGCUGCGGACCGAGCAGCCCGGCGCCCGCAACGUCUCCUCGGCCUCCUCGGUUCGGCAGCAGCCGCUGAACCGGUCCAGAAGCGCGGCUCAGUCCGCCGGCAUUUCUAUCGCGAACAGCUUCGGCAGCAAGAAGUUCCCUCAGGCCGUCAUCAUCGGGGUGAAGAAGGGCGGCACGCGGGCUCUGCUGGAGUUCCUGCGCGUGCACCCGGACGUGAGAGCCGUGGGCGCAGAGCCGCACUUCUUCGACCGCUUCUACGACAAGGGRCUGGAGUGGUACAGGAGUUUGAUGCCUCGCACUCUGGAGGGUCAGAUCACCAUGGAGAAGACCCCGAGUUAUUUCAUCACCAAAGAAGCUCCACGUCGUGUCUUCUUCAUGAGCCGCCAUACCAAGCUCAUUGUUGUGGUCCGAGAUCCUGUGACUCGGGCAGUUUCUGAUUACACUCAAACCCUGUCCAAAUCCCCCGGGCUGCCGUCUUUCCAGAGUCUGGUCUUCCGCAAUGCCACUGCAGGGCUCAUUGACACUUCGUGGAGCGCCGUACGCAUUGGAAUCUACGCCAAGCAUCUGGAGAGCUGGCUGCGCUACUUUCCGCUCUCGCGCUUCCUUUUUGUUAGCGGGGAGCGCCUGGUGACAGACCCAGCUGGGGAGAUGGGCAGAGUUCAGGACUUUUUAGGUAUCAAACGUGUGGUGACAGACAAGCACUUCUACUUUAACCAGACUAAAGGUUUCCCCUGCCUGAAGAAGCCCGAGGGGAGCAGCAGGCCCCGUUGCUUGGGCAAGUCCAAGGGCAGACCCCAUCCUCAGAUACCUUCUGAGGUCCUGCUCAGGCUUAGAGACUUCUACAGACCCUUCAAUCUCAAGUUCUACCAAAUUACCGGCCACGAUUUUGGCUGGAACUGAAUACCUUUUUACCAAAGCUGUUAAAACCCAUCAGUACCAGCCUUGUUCUGUGCACCUUCAAUUGCAUAAAUAUGCCUUUCCUUCCUUCUAAGCAAAGACCAAAUGGCAACAUAUAUUUCUUUAUGGGUUGUUAAAGCUGCAACUUUUCAGCCACUUUAGCAAUAGAGAAGUCCAAAACGUAAGCUCAAAGGAACCGUUCGAAGACAAACACACACCAUGCUGAUGCACAUUAUAUUUAUUUAUUUUUUCUUUGGCAAGUGCUGGAAUUUUGUUGAACUCCAAAACCAUGUUCAAAAAGACUUCACAGCACAAACUGAAAGUAAACAUAACACCAGAGACAAACCAGUGUUGCAAAGUAAUGCGACCACAGUUAAACUUUUUAGUUCAACCCUAACCUUAACCCUCAGUAAAUCACUUAAAAUGUGUACGCAGUUUAUACACUUACUGGAUGCAUUAUUUAUGCUUGACCAGGGAUGCAGUACCUGUGUGCAAAAUGUAGUUCUUCAUGUCAUUUGAUUUUAUUUAUGUGUUCAUAAAAUCUGAAAAUAACAUUUGCAUUUUUUAAAAUGACUGACUUCUUCCACAAAUGGUACUAAUACAGAACUGUGUCUUUCUAAGCCUAAUUUAUUAGACAACAAACCUUUAGUGACGUUUUCUCUCAGAAAUUUGUCCUUAACAUUCUAUUGAAAAUUCUGACUAAAUCCAUGAUUUGGAAGCAUGUCUUGGAGUCAUUUAUUCACUGCCUUCACUAUGUUCUGGUCUUUGUUCUGAACCCAAACAAGUCCACUUUCCUGCUGCCAAGAACAUAGCAUCCAUACAUCUGUUGGACAGAUGAUUGCUUCCUGGCAGAAAACGAACAGGGUGACCAGAACAGAAAAUGUAAUUAAUCACUUUUGUAUGAUUUUAUGUCAGAAGUAAAGCUUCAAUUUAUUUACA